AGUGCUGUUCUCGAGUGUUCUAGGAGCUACAGCCACCCGCCUUCACACUGGACUCAGGUUUUCUUCUUCUACGUGAUGCGGAACUAAUAACCUAAGCAGUGCCUUCAAAGGUUGGACUUUUGUUUAUGUGAGGCGAACUCCUUUGAGACCCGUUUUACCGUCUUCAUAUCCAAGAACACCGUGCGCAUCUCUUCCAAUGGAAAAGGAUCUCCCCGCGAUUCUCAAACAGCCUGCCAGGACCACGUAACAUUCGCUUGAGGAGCUCGUCCUGCAUCACCUCUCGACAAACAUGGACUGUUUCCCCAUGCUUUAUUUUCUGUCGAGACAUCAUGAUUCCUGGUAAUCGAAUGCUGAUGGUCAUUUUAUUAUGCCAAGUCCUACUGGGAGAAAGCAGCUAUGCUAGUCUGAUACCCGAGGAAGGGAAGAAGAAAGCGUCGGCUCUUCACCUGGCUCAGAGUCAUGAGCUGCUGCGGGACUUUGAAGCCACGCUGCUGCACAUGUUUGGCCUGCAGAGGCGUCCCAGACCCAGCCACAGCGCCGUCGUACCACAGUAUCUGCUCGACCUCUACCGCCUGCAGUCAGGGGAGCUGGAGGAGGCAGGAGCGCAGCACGUCAGCUUCGACUAUCCUGAAAGAUCCACCAGUCGAGCCAACACCGUGAGAGGAUUCCAUCAUGAAGAGCACCUGGAGGAGCUGCAGUCAGACAGCUCCCAGGAGACUCCUCUGCGAUUCGUUUUUAAUCUCAGCAGCAUCCCAGAGGACGAACUCAUAUCCACCGCAGAGCUUCGCGUCUACAGGCAACAAAUAGAUGACGCCUUCUCAGACCCAGAUCAAACAGGGGACCAUGGUUUGCAUCGGAUAAACAUAUAUGAGGUGUUGAAGGCGCCACGGGAAGGACAGCUCAUCACGCAGCUCCUGGACACACGUUUGGUGAGGCACAACACCUCCAAAUGGGAAAGUUUCGACGUUAGCCCUGCAGUGUUGCGCUGGACCCAAGAAAAACGCUCUAAUCAUGGCCUUGCUGUGGAGGUUGUACAAAUGAAGCGAAACCCAGUUCAAAAGGGACGACAUGUUCGUGUAAGUCGCUCCGUGCAUCCUCUUCCGGAUGAAGAGUGGGACCAGCUACGCCCCCUGCUGGUCACAUUCGGACAUGACGGCAAAAGUCACCCGCUGACUCGGCGAGCGAAACGCAGCCCUAAACAAAGAGGUCGAAAGCGUAAUCGUAACUGCCGGAGACAUGCGCUGUAUGUGGAUUUCAGCGACGUAGGCUGGAACGACUGGAUUGUGGCACCGCCUGGAUAUCAGGCGUAUUACUGUCAUGGAGAGUGUCCCUUUCCAUUAGCCGAUCAUCUCAACUCCACCAAUCACGCUAUCGUACAGACACUGGUGAACUCGGUGAACACCAAUAUCCCCAAAGCCUGCUGCGUGCCCACUGAGCUCAGCGCAAUCUCCAUGCUUUACCUGGACGAAACGGACAGGGUGGUGCUGAAAAACUAUCAGGAGAUGGUGGUCGAGGGGUGUGGCUGCCGCUAAACGGAGACUCUUACCACAAAAACAUCCACACGUGGACACUUAUUUAUAACUUGUGUUUGUCAUUUCUUGUCUGAUCGAUCAUAUAUUUUGACAGAAAGUAUAUAUAUAUAAAUAUAUAUUUAUAUCGGUGUAGUAAAAAAUAAAUAAAAUGAAAGUGUCCUUAUUUGAAUUAUAUAAUUCAGCUUUCCAUAAUGUAUAUCAGACUGUAUAAGGUUUUUUCUAUAUGGAGCCAGAUCAGUCUCAAAAAUUAUACAUUUACAAAAUAAAUUUCAUACGCUCACAACAAAAUUAUCAUUUACAAAAUCCAAUUCGUGAAUUCAAAACACAAUUCGUAAAUACACAAAUCCAAUUAGUAAAUUCAAAACAAAAUUAAAAAAUGCUCAAAUUCAAUUCGUAAAUUCAAAAUGCCAUUUGUAAAUACACAUAUCCAAUUUGUAAAGUCAAUACAAUUUGAAAAUACACAAAUCCAAUUCGUGAAUUCAAAACACGAUUCGUAAAUGCACAAAUUCAAUUCGUAAAUUCAAAACGUGAUUCGUAAAUACACAAAUUCAAUUUGUAAAUUCAAAACGUGAUUCUUAAAUACAAAAAUCCAAUUCGUAAAUUCAAAACAAGAUUAAAAAAUACACUAAAUCAAUUCGUAAAUUCAAAACACGAUUUGUAAAUAUACAAAUCCAAUUCGUAAAUUCAAAACGCGAUUCGUAAAUACACAAAUCCAAUUCGUAAAUUCAAAACACAAUUUGUAAAUACACAAAUGCAAUUCGCAAAUUCAAAACACUAUUUGUAAAUACACAAAUUAAAUUCAAAAUGCGAUUCGUAAAUACACACAUCCAAUUUGAAAAUUCAAAACACAAUUUGUAAAUACACAAAUCUAUCUCGGAAAUUCAAACACUAUUUAUAAAUACACAAAUUUAAUUUGUAAAUUCAAAACGCGAUUCGUAAAUACAUAAAUCCAAUUCAUAAAUUCAAAACACGAUUUAAAAAUAGACAAAUCCAAAUUGUAAAUUCAAAAUACGAUUCAAAAAUGUGCAAAUUCAUUUGAUUUUUACUUGUGAAUUUACAAAUUGUGUUUACAAAUUGGAUUUUGUAAAUGUGAAUUGUGCUGUGCAUGUUUGAAUUUUAUUAUGUAAAUGUAUAAUUUUUGACUGAUCUAGCUCUGUAUUUCUAUGAGCUAGAAUAAUUAGAAAGCCACUAAAAGAUUAUUUACUGCUAGUAUUUAUUUGUUUAAUACACUAUACGUUCGCCAAAAUAGAAACACAUAGCCAAGCGACCCCCUUAUUGAUCAGAAUACAUCGUUUUGUACUUAAAUUAGAGCACUGUGUGAAGUCCUAGGAAACUAAUUUUCCUGCUAUAUCAGUUCAAGGAAUCAGAUAUGUAUUGAUGUGCAUUACUGUUUUGCAUCAGUUUGUGAUUUACAAGUUCCCAAAAA